AACCUCGCCUCAGGCAAAAUAUGUACAUAAGCUGUGAAAAAGGGAACACUUUCAUGUUUCAGCAGGCUGGCUCACAGACUUUGGCUGUGUUCUCUGGGAGGAGUCACAGAGAGGCUGUUUACAUCCAUUCAGCUUUAAACAGAUGCUCAGGAUUAGUUCGGAACUGGAAGGGAUUACUGUAGCGUGGAGGACGAGACCUGCAAGAUGCACUGCUAUGAGAGCGUGGUGAACUGUCUGAGCUGUGGGAUGCUGCUGGCAGGACUUCUUCACCUGAUCUAUCACAGGAAGGCACAGGCCUCCUAUGGACGCCACAUGAAACCCACCGCUCCGGCUAGGAUGGUCCCUGCCAGAGUCGCCUGGUUCCUGCAGGAGAUGCCAGCUCUUCUGAUGCCCCUGCUGCUGAUGCACCUUUCACGCCAAUAUUCCACUAUGGGGAGGGCCAUAUUGCUAAAGACCUUCUGUCUGCACUAUUUCCACAGGACAUUUGUGUAUUCCCUGCUGAACAGAGGACAGCCGUUCCCUCUGAGUGUGAUGGCCACAGGAGGUUUCUUCUGCUUGAUGAACGGCUUUCUGCAGGGUCACUAUUUGCUGCACUGUGUCCAGUUUGAUGAGGAAUGGUCAGCUGGCUACCGCUAUACAACUGUUGUGUUGCAUGUUGUUUCAGGCUUAGUGGUGUUUUACAUCGGAAUGGCCAUUAAUAUACACAGCGAUUACAUUCUGCGCAACCUGAGGAAACCUAAAGAGAUAGUUUACAAACUUCCAGCAGGAGGCCUAUUUGAAUAUGUGUCUGGUGCCAACUACUUUGGGGAGCUGGUGGAGUGGAUUGGCUAUGCCAUAGUGACACGGUCCCUUCCAGGAUUCUCGAUCGCUGUCUUUAGCUUCUGUUUUAUUGGACCAAGAGCCUAUUACCAUCACAAGUUUUAUAAGGAACAUUUUAAAGAAUACCCCAGGUUUCGAAAGGCUUUGAUUCCAUUCAUCUUCUGAAACAUCCUCUCAUUACCUUUUGUUGGGGAAUGGUUCUAGUUUUAGCUCUAGAACACCAAACGCAUAAUAUUUUAUACACAUAUUUCUGAGGUCUCUAGUUUUAAGAUUACUCUUUUUAAACAUGGGCUGUGCUGAGGAAACCAGAGUACCCAGAGGGAACCCACACAUAAAUGGGAAAAUCAUGCAAACUAAAUGCACAAAUGCCUGCAGACUGGGAUUCAAACCCAGAACUUUAUUGCCACAAUUUUCUCACCGUGCAGCCCUUGAUCUAUUUAUGCCUUGAAGAAAAAGAACACAGUCUCCUCACCAGAGGGUAAAUGUGGUUCACUGGGUAGAGUAAUAAUUUUGAAAUUGGAAUUUGUGAGUUCCAAGUCAAGUCAAGUCAAGUUUAUUUGUAUAUCACAUUUCAGCAACAAGACAGUUAGAAGUGCUUCGAACCAUAAAAAUGCAGGUACCAGCUUCCUCCUGUCACAUGUUGAUGUUCCCCUGCUCAAGGCACAUAACCCUGAGUUGCCUACUUGUCAGCAUAUCAGUUUAUGCAAUUGUAUGUGUUGGUGAGUAUGACUAGAAGAAUGUGAUUUUUGUGCACUUUAGGGUUUUUAAACCAUUUUGAGUUUUUAGUAUUACAAGAAAAACAGUAUAAACUCAGUGUACCAUUUUUAAUACAGAUGUUUGCUGCACCUGCAUGGAUGUGUUUGAGGCCUCUACUUUUUUUAAGAGAGUGAAUGUUUUCCUCAAAGUCAUUCUGUAUCAAAUUGUGUCUAUGCUUGUUAUUUGCCCCCUGAUGGAGGAUCUAGUCAGGCGUCUCCAGUCCACCCUUUACAGCUUCAGUCCCUCGACUUCUAAAUGCAUCCACGUUUCACCAUACACGAGUCAAACAGCUGACUUUACCUUCUGAGCAUGUGUUUGGGUUCUGCACAUUCCCGUUUCUGGAAGAAUAAAGGUGUUGGUUUCGACUCCCUAUCUGGGGUCUUUCUGCAUGGAGUUUACAUGUUCUCAUUGUGCAUGCAUGGUUCUCUUCUGGCACUCCCACAGUUCAAAAACAUAACUGUUAGAUUAAAUGGUAUCUAAAUUUGUAUAUAUGAGGGUGUGGUUUCCAUGGUUGUUUUUCUCUGUGUUGCUCUGUGAUGGACUGGGGAUCUGUCCAACGACCGCUGGAGAAAGGCACCAACCCCCUGCGACCAUUAAAAAAAAGGAAAGGAAAUAAAGUAAGCAUGCAAACUAUUUUUUUUUUUGGCAGAUGGCUUUAGGAAUCUGCAUCCAAAUUGUGGUUUCAGCCCUCUUAGCACCUCAUUUAUCUUUUAUACUCUGAUAUUUAUGAAACCUUUCGAGGCCAUUUUGCUCAAAACCCUUGACGACAGAAUAUUGUUUUUGCUUUGUGACGCCUGGUGGAUGCUCUCAGAAUUGCAGGUACGAGUGCCAUCUUUUAUUCAGGAAUCCAAAAUGGCUGUGCGCACAAAGAAACACUAAAACAAACGAACAAAAAAUAGCAACUCAUAACAACCUAAUGUUUCAUUAAAUGUUACAUCAAUAUGCACUAUACGGUAAUAUGUUCAAAUCUGGAACCAACUUCCUGAAAACUGCAUAACAGUUGAAACACUGAGUUCCUUUAAAUCAAGUCUAAACCCCCAUGCGUUAGAGUUACCUUUGAUUUUGAUGACGGCAUUUGAUGAAAUGUAAUGUUUAUUACUUGUUUCAUAACUGGAUACUGUGUUAAGUGUGUGUAAAGCACUUCAAACUGUCUUGUUGCUAAAAUGUGAUGUUCAAAUAAACUUGACUUGACUGGA